AUGGGCCCGGCGGGAGACUGGGCGGUCCGGAAUAGGGAGUCGAGUGCAAACUGCUGCUUGGUGGCGGGUGCAGCGGGUCAAUGGUCCGCAUGCUGGGCAGAGACGGGAUCGAGUUGUUCGGUGGUGGUGGUGGUGGUGGUGGUGGUGGAAGCGGCGCGCCAACGGGCGACGGACUGUACAAUUCGCUCACACCCAUGCCCGGAUUUCCUGGGCCUUGAUGACUGCCGACGCUCUGGCUGCUCUGCGACGGGUAGUAUUGGUGAUUUGAGUGUCCUGAUGAGCCGAUUGAGGACGUUGAUGGUGGCGGCGGCAGCUGAUGUUGCAAUUGAUGUUGUUGGUGUUGGUGCUGUUGCUGGUGCUGGUGCUGUUGUUGUGGCUGGUGAUGUUGCUGGUGUUGUUGCUGGUGCUUUUGCUGGUGCUGUUGCUGGUGCUGUUGCUGGUGCUGUUGCUGGUGCUGUUGUUGGUGAUAUUGCGGGUGAGGUUGGUGUUGAUGCGGAUGCUGGUGCUGAUGGGAUUCCGGUUGCUGGUGUCGGUGAUGGUGCGACGGCGGCGCGGGCGGCGUGUGCUGGUACGACGAAGGCCCCGGAUAACUCAUACUGCCGCUGUCGGACAGGCGAGGUAGACCCGCAUGAUGGGAUUGGUGGCCCGCCAUGGUGA